AACACACUACUUCCAAACUAGCUGUUAACAAAAAUAAUUAAAAAUAUAUUGAUUUAUUUCUCAAUUCGAAGUUUGAUCGCACAAUAUUUUAUUAAAUUAAGAAAAAGCUAUUUUUGUUAGUUAAUAGAGUAAUUAAUAAUUUUGUAAAAAGGUCUUGCUAGUUAAGAAAACAUAAAAGGCCAUCUAAGUUUUUGUUUCAAUAAUUCUUAGAAUCGGAGAAUGAGCUAAGAAAUUAACUUCAGCGAUUUAAAUGAAGUUCAAAAAGACUAAUAUGUUAAAUAUAUCUUAGAGAAUAAUAUCCCUCUAAAGGAAGACUCUUAAAAAAAUGAGAUAGUAGCAUAAAUAAAAUUGCAAACUUCUUAAAAGAAAAUAAUUAAUAAAUAUACAUCAUUAAGACAUGAGUAGGAAGAUUAGAUGCUAUGUUCAUCUCCUAUAUAGAAAAGAUCAGAGUUUAGAGAAUAUUAAUAUAAUAUUAACAGUAAGGCAAAAGAGAUCAAAUAAAACUAAUUAUAUCAAUCAACUCCAAAUCAUCUUAAGAAUGUUGAUAAUAAAGAAAAUCAAAACAUAAGACUUUAAUCUCGAAGUCCUAAUUUAAAAAAAAGAAGUUAGUCGCCUUUUUAACCUUAAGAGUAGCGAAAUAAUCUAAGUAGCUUGAGUAUUUCUUAGAAAAAACAGGAAUAAAAUAUAAAUAAACAGAAUAUAACUCCAUAAAAGCAGAUAAAACCUGAAGUUUAUUCUAAGGUUUUGAAAGAAGUAAACCGAAAUUCUAUUGAUUUUGUUAGCUUAUCUGACAAUAAAAAUGCACUUUUUUAGAGUUAAAAUCCAUAAAAAUAGAAUAUGUAUUAAUCUUAGAAAAAAGAUAAUAACAACCCAUAUAUCCCUUUAACUCUCAGAAAAAAACCUCAAAUAGGUGAAAAUUUCUAAGAUGAAAACAAAAAGUCAAUGUCUCCUUGUUAGAAGAGAUAAAGAGCUACUUCUUAGUACCAAAUAUUUUAAGCAAAUGGUGCAUUUAAUUCUCAAUCUAAAGUUGCUAAUAAUAUUGCUGCUAAAUAAUAACAUAAUGAUAAUAGGUAAUAUUCAUAACAAAAAUUUGCUUAAAAUCAUUAAAGAUAAGAACCAUUUGAAGCAACAUAAAGCACAAUAAAAAGUAAAGAAACAAAUUCUAAAUUUUUAAAUCUUACUACAGAGAACUCUUUAUUCAAUAAGACAUCAAAAAGUGGAAAUAUCCUGAUCGUAGACAAUAGUGGAAGCGAAAACCAUUCUUAAUCCACAAGCAGUAGUUGUUAUAGUAAUUCAUUUUAGAAUUAAGAUAAAAGCACUUCCUAAAUUCAAUGUUAAAUUUUCCAGCAGUAAGCUAAAAAAUAACAUAAAAUGAAUGAAAUUUAUGAUAUCCUUAAGAGCGUUGGCUUCUGUCCUUAAAAUACAAACUAGAGUGAAUGGAAUAGUGUUAAUGGAGGCGAGAUGAGAAGUGAUCCUUAGGAAUUAUCCCUUAAAUUAGAUUCUAAAAAUUUAUACACAGACCGUUCAUAAGAUGAUGAUCUAAAUUCAUCAUACCAAAAAAUAAUAUUUCCUUCAAAAGAAUAAUAAAAAUAGAAUAAUUAUUAAUCUGAUUAUUUAAAAGUACUCAACUAGCAUGAUAAAAUUCAAAAUAAAUUUUAAUAAAAAGCAUCAUUAUCUCCUUGUAGUUAGAAUAGAGGAAGAUAUAUAGAAGAUAUAAGAUAAAACCCAGAAAGCACAAAUAAAUAUUCCAGCCAAACUACACCUUAAAGAAAAAGGAGCUCAAUUUCUCCUAAUUUAAACAUGAAAAGAGAUAAAAGUAAUGAAAAAAAUAUAGAGUGCUACAGCUCUAAUAAAGAGUACAAGAUAAAAUGCUCAAUAGUUGAUUUAUUUAAGAACAAAUUUAAUAGACUUACUAAAAUACCUCUUAUUCAUAUGUGUAGCUUGAUAGAAGAAAUUUAUGCAUAAAAGGAAACAGUUUAAAAACAAUAAAAUAAGUAUAGUAGCAAAAAAUAACCAAGCUUUAAAGAGUUUUUAUAUGACUAUUUUAUUAAAAAGUAUAAAAAUAACUAAAAAAUAGCAGAGUCAAGCUUAUUUAAUCUGAUUGGAAGUGUAGAAUAUCAUAUUGAAAAUUCUAACUCUUCAAUUGCUAAACAAUUUUUAUAAUUAGUUGAAGGAGAAUACUCAGAAGACUAAAUUAAUUGUUACUUAUUUGCUUUUUAGGAGGUUUAAUUAAAUUUUAAAUAAAAAAGCCUUUAGCAUGUACAUUUAUCUGAAAAGACCAUGUUUAAAAUUUCUCUAAAACUUUUUAACUAACCUGCAGAACAAGAAUUUUGCAACGAGAUAAUUAAAAGAGUAUCUUAGCAUGAGUAAUUUAUAAAAUCUCAAACAAUAGCAGCAUAUACUUACCUUGAAAUAUUAUUACAAAUGUUUAAAUAAUCUAAAUUUAGUCCUUUCUAUAAACAAUAAGAAAACUGUAAAAAUGAGACAGAUUAAAAAAUGAAUAAAAGAAGAAACACUGAAAUGAGCUUGUCACCAUUAAAAAAUCAAAAACCUUUCUCUAUGAUAAAUGAGUCAUUUGGGAUUCAGAAUGAGCCUCAUUUUUAAAUUCAAAAUAAUUAAAUAUUUAAAGAAACUCAAAAUUAAUAGAAUCUUACAAAUGAAUACAAAAGCUAAAGUAACCUGAAAUCUAUUUUAUAAAAUAAAAGCUGUAACUAAGAGCAAGCAAACCAAAAUAUAUUAAAAUAGACAAACAGUUUUUUUUACAGCUAGAAUGAUAAUAUUAAAUUGAAUUAACCAAUCUUAAAUUCAUUGUAGAGCAAUUGUUUUGAUGAAAUAAACAAUCAGUCUUCUCCUAAUGUUAAAUAGAUUCAAUUAAUAUAGAGUGUGCUAUUUACUGAAAUGGAAAAAAUUGUAGCUGAGUUUAUAUAAAUGUUUGACAUUAAAGAUCAAGCUAGCUCUAAAAAAAUAGAAGACAUGAUAUUAAAAAAAUGCAAAUAUUUAAUAACUUCUCUCAUUUUAAAAGAGUAAAGCAAGUGGUUUGAACUUCUCUUGAUAGAUUAUCCAAAUUAUCAAUAAAAAAUGCAAGCUGAAACUAUUUAAAAAUUAUAUGAUGCCUACGAAAGAUCAUUUAUUUAAAAUAGCCUAUCUAAGAAUGAGAAUAAAAACUUAAGAUCUCUUUGUAAAUUAAUUCUAAAAGUGCCAGAGCUUAACGAUGCAAUUAGCAAAUUACUUAUUUGCUUAUUAGUGCCUGAAAAGUGA